AUGGCAUCCGGGAGCCAGGAGAAGGACUCUGAAGCCGGGAUAUUACACAUCCUAGUUGUAGGCUUUCAUCACCAGAAAGGCUCCACCGUCGAAUUCGUCUAUCCACCGUUACGGCAGCAAGAACAGGAACCUGAUCACGUGAUCCAGAGUCUAACCUCCAGUCUUCCAGCGGAGUGGCGCCACCUACCCCACCUGGCCCUUCCAGACGGCUCACACAACUAUGAGAAGGACUCUGUGUACUUCACGCUCCCUAGUGCCUCAUCUCCCACUGGCUGUGUGCACGGAGUGGCCUGCUGCCGCCAGAUCCCCACCCAGCAACUCCACGCGGUGGAGCAAGAGGUCACGAGGUCAACCGUGCAGAAGAGUGUAUGCAUCCUCUCUCGCUACCCGGCCUACAACUUCCUCCAGUCAAAGCUGGAACUCAUCACCCACGCCUACUUCAACGUGAAGGACUUUUCUGAUGUUUCGAUUCUCCACGAGGCCUACGACAGUAUGAACGCGCAGGUAUCGAUGGGGUCUUCCCUCCGUGCACUCCACCUCGGUCUCUCACAGAGAAAACUAGUACUUCUCUUGCAACAUCGCCUCCUCCAGGUCGUCAAAGCUCUGCUACUCCAAAAGAGAGUGGUCGUUUUUGGUUCCCCUGCGGAAAAAGUCGGCAGUUUCGUUUUGUCCAUCGCGGCCCUUUUCCCACUCUCUCUUGAGCUACACUGUGACCCAGAACUACUUCCAGACAGGCACGGGCUCCCUCUAACUGUGUUUGAAACUCCGUCCUCGUUUCCACCGUAUGUUUGUCUUCAACAGCUGGAGUCACUCACUGACCCUUCGACCUCUCUCAGACUGGCUGGUGUGGUCAACCCCCUGUUUGAAAAGCAGCAGAAACGUCUGUGUGACGUGUUUGUCGACGUCGACCAAGGCUCCGUGCAUUUCCAAGAUCCCCACACGAGAUCUCAAUUACACCUCACUUCUGCAGACCUCAGAUUUUGCAGCCUGGUAGCUGAAACUGUCGGUGAACUCUCUGGACCAGACGAACCCACGACUUUCCCCGGGAGCAGCGAAUGGGUAAAAGCACAGUUCAAGAUUUAUCUCCUCUCUCUGUUGGCCACUGGUGAAAACGGUGACUCUAUUUCAAUGGAGGAAUUUGGGCGCCAUUUUGCCGCAGUGUGGCAGAAUGGAGAAGUCUUUGAAGCCUGGCAGAAACGGGAGAGAGGCGGGAUAAUGAGGGUAGACCCCCGUCAUCCCUGCGAGGGAGAUAUCUCCCUGGGUGACGUUCGUAGGAGGCUGGUGGCUCGAAUGAGUGACUAUGGUUUGAGCGUUCCCUCUGGUGAGGUUGUUGUACAACAGACACAGAGAAUUGUUUCUGAGGCCACAGGUAGAGUGACUGGAGCUGUGGGUGGAGCCUGGGCUGCUGCUUCAGCCUCAGUAUACUCUUGGUGGAGCGGUGGAGGGAAGAAUGAGGACAACAGAUAGUGUGUUCUUAUUAAACGAAAUCGCU